CUUGCCAUCGCUUAUCGCCCAUCGUCGUUAGCAUACAUUCGCUUAUUUAUUUGUUUAUCCCCCGCAGAAGACGAGGUGGCCGCCAAGUGCGAUUACAGCGACGUGCCGAGCCAAGACCUUGCGAAGGCCCGUGUUCUCUUCCCGACCGUCGCGUCCGUAAUCGGCCUCAACGGCCUCAACGGCCGUGCAACGGUGACGUCGCACGCGAAUUUCUACGAGCUCGGCGGGAACUCGUUGAAUUCCAUCUACACGGUGACCAAGCUGCGCGACCAGGGUUACCAGAUCGGCAUCACGGACUUCAUCACGGCCAAGAGUCUGACCGACAUGCUGGGCCGCAUGAAGCUUAUCUCCAGCGUGGAGGAGCCGCUGAACGAGAGCAUCGAUCAGGAGUCGUAUAUCUACGAGCCGUUGCACGACCGCCACAAGGACGACGCGAUCGAAAUAAUCACGGAGAGCUUUUACUCGAAAGCCGAUUUGGAGCAGUGGUUGAUGCCGGACAUCACGAGAGCCGAUUACCGGGAUCUGAUUGACUCCACGUGGCGGCCGCUCGUGGAGAAGAGCUUGAGUUUCGCCGUGAAGUCGGCGCAGACCGGCAAAACGAUCGGGAUCACUCUCAACUUUGAUCUCUGGGACGAGCCCGAGGUGGUGCUGAACUCCAAGUUGACAGUCGUCUUUGACUUUCUCGAGUACCUGGAAGGGCCGAUCAGAGAGAACAGAUUGCCCAAGGGUAAAGGCCAGAUUAUUCACAACUUUAUGAUGUCGACCAGCAGCGAGCUGAACGCGGCGCAGAACGUGCUCAUAAUGAGGCAGAUGGAAGAGCACUGCUUGGAGCUCGUCAAGCGGAAGAAGUACGUAGGCAUCUUCACGACCAACACCAGCCCGCUCACACAGCAACUCGGUACAGACGUGUAUGGCUACGAGACCAUGUUGACGUAUCAAGUGAACAAGUACGAGGCACCCGACGGCAACAAGCCUUUCGGCAAGGCUCCCGACAGCCAAUUGGCCAUUUGCUCAUUGAAGAUGAUCAAUUGAUUUGAAGCGAAGCAAUUGAAGAUACCCAGGCAGAACAGAAAAUCAUGAUGACAUCAAAAUGACGUCAAAAUGAUGAGGAAAACUCACUUUUCCAUCAUGAUUCGAUCAUUUUCUCGUCAUUUUGAUGUUAUCAUGAUCUUCUGUUUUCCCUGAGUACAUCAGUAUUGAACUGGAGCAGCGUACGAAAAGUACACGGUGCUCCUUCUGAUUGAAUUCAAUUCAACGAUGACGUAUCGGUAACAAAACGAUGAAUCUGUGUAUAUAUAUAUAUAUAUUUUUUUUUUCUUUUUGUAAAUAAACAUAUAUACGCGCGAUAAUUAGCAGCUGCGAAUUGCUUAGAAUAAUUUGCAAUUAGUAUUAUACGCUUCAAAUUCGACACGACCAAGCAGUCUGAGGGACGAAGGUUUUGGCACUGAUAUCGGGCUGUGUAUCGACCAAUCUCGGCUGUUA